CUCUGAUCUCUCUCCCUCUCUCCUUUUCUCAUGCCUCCCCACAACCCCAUGAUCUCCGCUCUUGAGCUGCCUUCUGGGUCAUGCGUUGGUAUCUUAUUCACCGGAAAUUCAUUGAGCUGUCGGUUCUUGAAAAUUGAUUGGACAACUUUGUUUUGUUUUCCGUGAAAAUGCCAGAAAUUUCAGAGCUUCAUUCCCUCUUUUGGUGUGUCCCAUUAUUGUACAUCAGCUCAGUUGAGAUCAAAUCGAUUAUCAAGUUGGAACCUUUUAAUGUGCUCGAGCUCGGGAAAAAGAGAGCUCUUUUUUUUUUUCCCCUCCCUGUUAGUAUCAUCCCUCACUCUCUCUGGAAGUCCGUGAUCUUAGGCUUUUGAAUAUUUCAAUUUCUCCAUUCGAUUGAUGCCGAUGAGCUAUUCUUUGUUUUCGGGUUGUUGAUCUAUGAGCAAUCGCAGUUCUUUAUAGCUUGUACUGGGUGAUCCUCAGUGCAGUGAAUUGAAUUACAGGUUUUGAUAUAUGGGUUUAUCGAAUUUAAGUGACAGCUUCUCCUUAUAGGGUUGCUGAUUGUGGAUCACCAGCUUUGAAUUCGAAUAUGGAGGACGAUAGACUAAGUGAUCUCCCUCCAAACAUUGUUGAAAGCAUCCUCACGAGAUUGCCAAUUCGUGAAGCUGUGAAGACGAGCAUCUUGUCUCGUUCUUGGAGGGGCCGAUCCACAUGUUUAAGCUCUCAACCUCGUACUUGCAGUACGUCCCUGACAUUGACCAAUGGAUACUUUUCCUCUCGAGGAAUGAUAUCAAAGAGCUGGUCCUUGAGUUAGGAGAAGGAGAGUGGUUCAGGGUACCAUCUUGCUUGUUCAACUGCUCCAAACUGACGCGUUUAGAAUUAGUUAACUGUGAAUUGGACCCACCUCCUACUUUUAAGGGAUUCCCAAAUUUGAGGAUCCUUACCCUGCAUCAAGUUCUUGUUGCAGCCGAUGCGAUUGAAAGUCUCAUCUCCAGUUGCCCUGUUCUUGAGAAUCUAUCCUUAUCAUACUUUGAUAGUCUAGCAAUGACAAUCUCGGCUCCAAAUCUGAAGUAUUUGAAUCUCGAAGGCGAAUUCAAGGAUAUUUGCCUCGAGAACACCCCUGCCUUGGUUGCUCUGUCUGUAGCUAUGUACAUGACUGAUGAUAUAGCGGAGCACUUUGAACAAAGUUCUAGUUGCAAGUUUGUCAAGUUUCUUGGCGGCACUCCUCUUCUUGAGCACCUCAUCGGGCAAAUUUACUUCACAAAGUACUUAAGCAUAGGUGAUUACCCAGCAACAUUCUCGAUCACAUAUGAUCGCUUGAAAGUCAUUGAACUGUAUCAAGUGAGUUUCGAGGACAUGAAAGAGAUUCUUGUUGUUCUGCGGCUGAUUACAAGUUCUCCAAAUCUUAGAGAACUGACGAUAUCGGUAAGUUUUGAUGGGACACUGUAUAAUGUGAUUGAAAGGAGUCUGUUUUAUGAUUUUCUCUCUCUGUUGCAGGGUUCUUCAAACACAGUAGCCAGUGCUGUUGUCACCACCGAUUUGGACUUUUGGGAGGAAGAAUGCCCUUCAGAUUGCACAUUUGGGCAAUUAAAGUCAGUAAAGAUGACUGAUUUAUCUUGUGUGCCACAUGAGCUGGAAUUUAUAAAAUUCAUCCUUCGGAAUUCACCGAUUCUGGAGACAAUGCGUGUUUCUCCUUCUUCGUAUGUCAAAGACAAAACAGUUAACAUGCUGAUGCAGUUGGUGAGGUUUCGGCGAGCCUCUGCUCAAGCUGAACUUAUAUUUGAGCAUGAAUGAAGGGAGCUUUGUGAAUUCGCCGUGUACAUUUUAUUUUUCCCUUCAACUCUUGGGAUUUAUUCUUUUCCAGGCAGGUUGACAUGCUUGCUUCUAUCACAUUGCAUUUAUCUGAAGUUUCACAAAUGGUCAUAUUCGAAUUUUUAUGAAAUAAUCCUCUGAAUGCAUGUAUAUAUGCUUUCGAAUCUCA